GUCCUAGCAGACGAAUUUGUAGCACUCAAACUCAAACCGCGUGUUGGUUGGGAGACGUGUCUGUCUAAAAACCUAACAAGUUAUCCAAACUUGUUAAAUAUUACUUUGUGUGACAUUUCGUACCUUAAUAUACUGUUAACAGAAUGAGCGUCAGAAUUACGAAACCCAAGACCCACCGCGGUAAGCGGAUGCUGGCAAAGCGAGAGCCAAAAAUUGUUGAAUUGGCUAAACAAGCUUUGAUGCUCCGUGGUUCUACUGCCAGCGUCACAUCUCUUCAAUUUGUCAAAGAUUUGUAUUCCAUCAAACGGAUGCAAUCAACAUACUUUGGUCAGAAACACCCUUACAAUCCAUUUGAAGAUGUUAAACCGAUAGAAGAGCUGACUCAGAAAUAUGACCAUUCUUUAUUUGCAUUCUGCUCAGACAACAAAAAGAGGCCCAACAAUGUUAUUCUGGGAAGAAUGUUUGACCACCAGUUGCUCGACAUGAUUGAGUUUGGCGUGGAACAGUUCAAAUCCUUGACUGCCAUUCGCAACGCCAAAGUGAUGGAUGGUAACAAGCCUUGCCUGAUCUUCUCUGGUGAUGUCUGGCACCAAAACGAAGAGUAUUCCAAAUGCAAAUCUUUGCUCAUCGACUUUUUCCGUGGAGAAGUAGUGGAACAAGUUCGUCUUGCUGGUUUCGAGCAUGCUCUUUCUUUCACGGCUGUCGACGGCAAGAUUUUCCUCCGCAGUUACAAGAUUUUGAUGACCAAAAGUGGAACUAAAACUCCUCAUAUUGAAUUGGAAGAAAUCGGACCGUCUGCCGACUUGGUCAUCAGAAGAACCAAAUUGGCCUCAGCUGAUCUAUUCAAACGGGCGUGCCGCACACCAAGCGCAGCCAAGCCCAAGAAGGUCAAGAACAUGUCCAAGGACGUUUUCGGUUCGAAACUCGGCCGCAUUCACAUGCCACGUCAAGAUUACAGAAAGUUGCAAGUUAAACGCGGAAGAGCUCUGCGGACUGAAAAGUCACCCAAAAAAGCAUCAAAACUUUCCAAGAAGUGAACUGUUGAAAUUAAUAAAGACUUUGACAAACACGA